CCCCCUCACCCAUCAAUCACUGCCUAACGGCCACCUAAAGUAAUAGUUGUUACUUCCAACACACUUCCAUUAUCGGCGGUUGCUAAUACACAUGUGUAUGAUUGAUGCUAGUGCCGUCUACAAACGUGCUUACCUAGUCCCUUGUAGUGUCUAGUACCAACUUAUUAGUAGUCCUUACAUCCCACAAUUUAAGUCGCGACUGGGAACUCGAAAAUACAAAGCUCAACACAAUUGGAGUUUUCUUCUCUUUCCUUUACCUUCCAAAGUCUGUAUUUCAACCACGACUAAGUUACCGCUUGAUCAAUAAUUUUUAUUGGGAAAGUGAAGAAGGAAACCAGUCAGAUCUCCUUCCAUAGUCUUCUCAAUUAUAAUUCAAUUGUCCUAAGAGUUGUACAUACGACAAAUAAAUUUAUCACAUACAUCUCCGCACGACCUCGCUGCUUACCAUCACUUUGACCCGUCGUCACUGGCCGUCGUAGUUUUACCCCAACCGAAACUCCGAACUAUUGUUCUGCUCACAUACCCGAGCACCCUCCGUCAAGUAUUUAAUUCACGACAUUUGGAAGGAAGAACUGUUCUUUCCUUCCCUACUCUAGCCUUUCAAACACCUAUUUGUAAUCGACAUAUCAUACUUCGCAAUGUAUGCCACUCGAGUCUUGCGCCAAGCGGCCGCUCACGCCGAGCGCACUCCUCUCAUCCGUUUCGUUGGCAAGCGAUCCAUUCCUGAGAAUGUAGACCACACUCCCCACCCUCACCCCGCCUCUCCUAGCGGUGCACUUCCCAGCCGGACCAACGGCAACUCACACGCUUCCUUCUCUUCCUACCGCGACCAUGCCCAGCAACACGGUCCUCUGCGCAAGACCAUUGGCGCUCAAUCUGCUUCUCAAUUGGGCCCAAUUCAGCCUCCCAAGGGUGUUUACUUCGACCGCAACCAGCUACCCGAGCGCUUCCGUCGCACUCCCCUCAGCGCUGCUGAAAUUGAGGCAGUCGAGACCGGAGGCGCCGCUCUGUUCGGUUGAGCACCCUUCCGUCCCCGUUCCAGUUAAUUGUUACAAUGGUACAUAAUAUUACCUAUGUAGCACAUGACGUGGGACGUGCUACGGAACCACGUAAUGUGGAACACGAUUGAGAGAGUCAAGAAAGCUGAGCGACUUACUACUAACGGUGAAACGAUUUUGGUUCGUCCUCAGCUGAUGAUGGGAGAGAGCAUUUUUUUGGAUCUAGAACUAUGGGGGCACCGAGUCAUUACCUAUGCCAUAGGUAUAAGGGGAUUUGAAGAGGAGCUACUUCUGGUGAUAUCAACUAUACCAUUAGUUGGCUACCUCGUCAACCACGGGACCUAUAUCCAACAUAUGCCACGCAUUACUUUUAACGAAAGCGGCGCGGGAAACACAACCACGAGCCGCGAAUUGUCAUCCUUAGUAUUGGGGGUUUGCGUCAAAAGAAGCAGAUUUACCUGCUUUGUUUGUUUUUAACUGUACGGUCACCCCAAAAGGUUCAGCAUGAGUUUGGCGCUUUUUGGUUGAUCAUUCGAGGGCAGGAUAUGGAUCCAACAAGGGUAAAUGAGCAUGAAAGGGAACAGGAAGGAGGAAUGGGCAGAGUUCAUGACAUGUCUGAUGUGUACCCAUCUAGCGAUACCCUGGUGUUCAGUGGUGCGAGAGAGAAAACUACGCACUCACGGCCGUUUCCUUGGCUCUGUACGAUACUACUAGUUAGUACAUACCUACUUACUUGUAAUGUUGCAUAAAUUCAAUAAAGUCGUCUU